AUGGACACCAAGCUUCUAACAAUCCGCACCCUCGUCUCAUCCCUCAGUUCCUCCUCCGACCAAACCCGCCUGGCCGCCCUCCGCCACCUACGCCGCACCUCCGCCGAAGACCCCGCCGCUCGCCCCCUCAUUUCCGCCGCAGGCGCCGUCCCUCUCCUCGCCUCCGCCCUCUACUCCCCCUCCCACCCCAUCCAGGACCACGCCGCCGCCACCCUCCUCAACCUCUCCAUCUCCGACCGUCGCCCCCUCGCCGCCUCCCCCGCCCUCCCGGACGCCCUCGCCCACCUCCUCUCCCGCCACGCCACCUCCUCCGCUGCCUCCGCCGUCCAGUCCGCCGCCGCCACCCUCCACAGCCUCCUCGCCGUCGUCUCCGAGUUCCGCCCCAUAAUCACCUCUAAACCCGACAUCAUCCGGGCCCUCGUCGGUAUAAUCAGUCACUCUGAUUCCCCGACGAGGUCCAUAAAGGAUGCCCUCAAGGCAUGCUUUGGAGUAGCCCUCCACCCGCCGAGCCGGAUUGUACUAAUCCGGCUCGGCGCGGUUCCUGCGCUCUUCGCUCUCGUAGCCAAGGGCAAGGACGGAAAUAGGAGGGCUGGCAUAAUCGAGGACGCCACUGCUGUGAUCGCGCAGGUGGCGGCCUGUGAGGAGAGCGAGGAGGCGUUUCGGAAGGUGUCGGGGGUUUCGGUGUUAACGAUGAUGUUGAGUUCGGAGAGUGGGAGCUGCAGUUUGAGGACGAAGGAGAAUGCUGUUGCGGCGUUGUUGAAUUUGGUGAGGUGUGGGAGUGAGAGGGUUUUUCGGGAGGUUAGAGACAAAGUUGGGGGCUUGGAUGGGAUCGCGUACGUGCAGGAACACGGUAGCCCCAAAGGGAAGAGCAAAGCCGUGGCGUUUUUUAAGCUUUUGCUUGAUGGUGGAAGCAGUGGUGAAGUUGUUCAAGAUUUGUAUCCCGUUGAUCCAGAAUCGGGUUCAAGCUGUAGUGGGUAA